UUGACAGACUCAGCAGAGGACACUAACUCUCUCUCUUCUCCGGCUCUUGGAACAAGUUGAGAGCUCCGUCAGAAAUGAGUUCAGCGCCUGCAAUGAAUAGGACUAGGAAGACUAGGAGGCUUCAAAGGAGGACCUGUCCUUACACAAAGACUGACUGGCAGCACAGGACAAAGGUCUCAGAAGAUGAAUACCCAGACACCUCUCUGCACGAUGCCCUUGUGAGACUAUUGAAGAGGACAGCCAGAGAAGACGAAGCAGGACUGUCCUCUUCAGUGGACGUUCACAGAGAAAACCUCAUCUCAUCUGCAGAGGACGACAGACGACUGACAGAGACGAAGGACAACAAACUGAACACCGCACAAAAUGUGCCCACACAUGUGCAAAGAGAGCUCCCUAGCACGUCAGAACCAAGUUCAACGCCUGCAAUGGAUAGGACUAGGACGACUACGAGGCUUAAAAGAAGGACCUGUCCUUACACAAAGACUGACUGGCAGCACAGGACAAGGGUCUCUGAAGGUGAACACCCAUACACCUCUCUGCACGAUGAGCUUGUGAGACUAUUGAAGAGGACAGCCAGAGAAGACGAAGCAGGACCGUCCUCUUCAGUGGACGUUCACAGAGAAAACCUCAUCUCAUCUGUGGAGGAUGAGAGCAAGAGAGUCGGUAAGAGUAUGCUUACCGACUGUGAAGAGAAGAGGAAGCCAGACCUGGACCUGACAGAGACCAGAGAUGACAAACUGAGCACCCCACAAAAUGUGCCCGCACACGUGCGAUUUGAGCUCCCUAGCACGUCAGAACCAAGUUCAGCGCCUGCAAUGGAUAGGACUAGGACGACUGGGAGGCCUAAAAGGAAGGCAUGUCCUGACAUAAAGACCGUCUGGCAGCACACGACAAGGGUCUCUGAAGGUGAACACCCAGACAGCUCUGAGGACGAUGUCUGUGUGAGACUAUUGAAGAGGACAGCCAGAGAAGACGAAGCAGGACCGUCCUCUUCAGUGGACGUUCACAGAGAAAACCUCAUCUCAUCUGCAGAGGACGACAGACGACUGACAGAGACGAAGGACAACAAACUGAACACCGCACAAAAUGUGCCCGCACAUGUGCAAAGAGAGCUCCCUAGCACGUCAGAACCAAGUUCAACGCCUGCAAUGGAUAGGACUAGGACGACUACGAGGCUUAAAAGAAGGACCUGUCCUUACACAAAGACUGACUGGCAGCACAGGACAAGGGUCUCUGAAGGUGAACACCCAUACACCUCUCUGCACGAUGAGCUUGUGAGACUAUUGAAGAGGACAGCCAGAAAAGACGAAGCAGGACCGUCCUCUUCAGUGGACGUUCACAGAGAAAACCUCAUCUCAUCUGUGGAGGAUGAGAGCAAGAGAGUCGGUAAGAGAAAGCUUACCGACGAUGAAGAGAAGAGGAAGCCAGACCUGGACCUGACAGAGACCAGAGACGACAAACUGAGCACCCCACAAAAUGUGCCCGCACACGUGCGAUUUGAGCUCCCUAGCACGUCAGAACCAAGUUCAGCGCCUGCAAUGGAUAGGACUAGGACGACUGGGAGGCCUAAAAGGAAGGCAUGUCCUGACAUAAAGACCGUCUGGCAGCACACGACAAGGGUCUCUGAAGGUGAACACCCAGACAGCUCUAAGGACGAUGUCUGUGUGAGACUAUUGAAGAGGACAGCCAGAGAAGACGAAGCAGGACCGUCCUCUUCAGUGGACGUUCACAGAGAAAACCGUAUCUCAUCUGCGGAAGAUGAGAGCAAGAGAGGCGGUAAGAGAAAGAAGCAGAGACCAGACCUGACAGAGUCCGAGGACGGCAAACUGAACACCGCACACAAUUUGCCCGUACGUGUGCAAAGAGCUGCAUUCGAGGACAAAUAUCAACAGCAAGAGAAGCUCGGCGAAGGAGGGUGUGGAUCUGUGUUUGCUGGAUAUCGCAAAGCAGAUAAUUUGCCUGUUGCCAUCAAAUACAUCCCGAGCGACAAUCAGUGCAUCAAACACGUGGACGAGCAUGGGAAUACGCUCUCUGUGGAGGUCGCCAUCUUGUUGAAAUUGGCGGCCAAUACAAGUGGCUCAGCGGCCUCCUCGGCACCUGUGUCCCUACUGGACUGGUACGAUCUGGAACAGGAGCUGAUCCUGGUGCUGGAGAGACCAGUCCCCUGCAUGGACUUGUUCACGUACAUCUGGUCAAAGGGAGGCUCCUUAAAAGAGGAAGAGGCCAAGAUCAUCCUGAAACAGCUGGUUGAUGCAUUAAUUGAUCUUGAGGAUAAGAGCAUCUUUCACCGGGACAUCAAGGUGGAAAAUAUCUUGAUCGAGACCGGCUCGGACGUCCCGCGAGUUCGCCUCAUUGACUUUGGACUGAGCUGCUUCGUGAAGAGAGGAGCCAAUUACCGCGACUACUACGGUACCUUUAAUUACAUCCCUCCGGAGUGGUACAAUGGUCAAGGCUACAGUGCCGGCCCGACCACAGCGUGGCAGGUUGGAGUGGUCCUGUUUCAUACGCUCCACAGGAACGCAUUUUUUGAGACCCUCGCGUUCCUCGAAAAUUGCGUGACGUUCAACGAGAGGAUGUCCAAAGAUUGCAAGGAUUUCUUGCAAAUGUGUCUGACUGAAGACCCCAAACAGCGCCUGACCCUGGAGCAGCUCAAACAUCACCCAUGGCUCAGAUAAACCAACCCGGAAUACACACGUCCUCGCCAUACGAUACUCAAGUCUUCCAAGUAUUAAUGCUGUGUUCUCUUUGACAGGAAGAACGUGAGGAACCGGGGCGGCCAGCCUGUGAUAGGCUGGCGAGGUCACCGGCCUGUGAUAGGCUGGCACUACAGAGCCGGCCCCAUGUGGUUCUGUUUGAACGACGAUGGCCUGGCAACCCGGUCACCAGACUGUGAUGGCCUGGCGACCCGGUAGCCAGCCUGUGAUGGCCUGGCGACCCGGUAGCCAGCCUGUGAUGGCCUGGCGACCCGGUAGC